AUGUCUAUCGUGGUACGCGUCAAUUUCGACACUGGGUGCGUUAUCCUGAAGCUCUACGACCGUCGGUUUGGUGCUCAAUUUCGCGAGUGCUAUGACGAGAACAUCCCAUAUUGUGAUAAGGCCAAGGCAGCCUAUCACGCCUUUCUGCAGCGAGACGCUAUGGAGCCUUUCCUUCAAGAGCUGGACGAUGAACGGUCGACACCCGGUGUGAUCCCUCGCAUUGCCAUCGACAUUCGAGAUGAGCUUGAUGGAGUUGCCCGGUUCGAAGCUGCGCUCUGGAGAAAUGCUGACAAGGCUUUCAAGACCGAGACCGAAGUGUACACACGUAUGCAGGAUCUGCAGGGUGUCCUUAUCCCAAAGCUUUACGCUACUGUGCGCGUCGUGACCGCCAAGGAAAACAAACAGGAGGAUGAAUAUCUUGACAUUCAUGGCAUCUUGCUCGAACCCAUCGCAGGAUGCUCUCUGAAUGAUCUUAUUGCCGCAACCUGUGCCCCUACGACCAAAGAAGAAUGGUUCUCCAUCGCACAGAGUGCAGUCCACUCAACACACGAGAUCAAUAAAAGAGGCAUAGUUCUCGACGACAGUACCCCCCGCAACGUGGUUAUCGACCAAACCACGCACCAGGCUUUCAUCGUUGACUUUUCCGAGUGCUUCUUCAGAGACACAAUGUCUGAUCGUUGGGCAAAGGAGGCGGAGGGCUGGAAUGCUGAGGCCGAGUACUGCGAGGUGGUUAGAGCGAAUGAUAACCCUGGGGCGAUUGGGCUCCCUAUGGCGCGACGGGUCCGCAAGAAGUUUGGAUGGAAUCUGGAUAUCGUCCAUCCUAAAUCGAAUGGUCUGCUCUCGGAGAGUAAGUGCCAGACCCCGGACCAACAAGGAUGCCAUCUAGCUGACUCUGUCGAAGUUCGUGACACUGAAGCAUGA